AUGGACUUGGCUUCAGAAAUCACUUUUGUAACACCAGUCAGCAGCCUGUGGAGCUCUAGGCUGCCUGCCGGCUGCCCAGCCCCCAGCAUUGUUGCACGUGGCUUUGAAACGCACAGCGCAGCUCGUGUGGCCCAGGGGCACCUGCUGCUACCCUGCCUGCCGGCUCUGCCCCAGAUGCUGGUCCUCGCUGGUCUCCGGGACCUCUCCCGGCACGGCUCCACCUCCUCCCUGAGGUCACUGUCCAGGCCUGUUUCAACUAGGCCCUGCAAGCCCUCCUUCCCUGCCUCCUGUUUGGGUGAAACUUCGAGCAUCUCUAUUAACUUAGUUGGUAGCUCCGGUCCCCUGCAGUCGCCGGGGGCCCAGAGGGACACACAGAGGGAGAACACCUGCCUGGGUCCCUCCUGGCCGCCUCGCCGUCGGAGGUGGGAUGGGGAGCUCAGCGUCAGCCACAGUGCACAAGGUGAAGAGUUUUGA